GCGAGGAAGUUCCGCCGCUAGGAGCAAUGGCUGUACGCACCACUGGCCAGUUCCACUACGUACGGUACAACGUCGGGGGGCCCGCCAUCUACCACGAGAGGCUCACUUUGCUGCCAGGGUACAUCCUCGCCCCCGGCGAUGACGACUAUGCGGAGAGCGACUUGGCAGGCGGCGACUUGAGAUCAGUGCAUGACUCGGCGGGCCAGGGCGACGCGAUCGUCGGAGUCGCCGCCCACAGCCUCUACAAGUUCAGACGGCUGCCGUCCGCAGCCGUCGUCUGGGCUGCUGUGCGCCGCGGCGUCGCUCAGGGCCACGGACCUCUGCCGCCGUCGCCAUUCAACCUCGAGCUCAGCGCCGACAGCGUGCUGGGCGUGGCGGCGGGGGUGCUGGCCUUGCCCGACCCGCUCGGAGCAGCGCCCGCUGCCGCAGCGCCUGGCGCGCUGGCCUUGGCUGGCGCGGCCGCGCCCCCCGCGGGCGCCCCUGGGCCGCCCGCCGCGGUGGCCGCGGCGCCCGAGGGCGGGGUGGGCGCGCUGGCGGCGGCGCUCGGUGCGGGGGGGGCCGCCCUGCCUGCUGCCGCUGACCCUCCGGGCGUCGGCGGCGCCGCCGCGGCCCCCGCGGCCCCAGGGGUCGCGGGGCCUGAUCCCCGCGCGAUGGCCACCGUCCUCGACGCUCGUGGGUUGCGGGACAUGCCCUUCAGUGACGCCGUGAAGCGCCAGACUGAGACCCCCCGCGCCGAUUGGCCCGUGAGGGGCCCAAGGGCCACGAUGUGGGUGCUCCACUUCAUGCUCCGCAUGGCUGGCGGGGCGAUGGCAUGGCACAACCGCUGGAUGGCCAUGAUGCAGGCCCUGGAGACGGACGACACCGCCAAGCUCCACGAGACGCUGCGCCGCGUCAUCGAGUCCUCGCUCUGCCACGAGCAGCUGAUCAUCUGCGAGCUGGCCUCCUACGAGUUCCUGUCGCGGCAGCUGCAGUUAGUGGAGGAGCGCGCGCGCAGGACCCACCCUGCGCCCAAGGCCAAGGGCCAGGCCAAGGACGGCGCCGCGUCCGCGGCCGCCGACGCCUCCUCGGAGAUUGGCCACUUCCUCGGCACGGGAGAGACGAUGGGCAACUUGUGCAUUUGCCCAGCCUUGAUGGAUUGGAUCGCCGACCAGAUGAAGAGGGACCCCACGACGUGCUACCUGUUCGUGAGCCUGGCCAGCUUGGCCCCGAGCCCUUCGAGGCCCCACCUGGCUUGGAGUUGCCCAGACGAGGUGACCGUCGCCAGCGUGACGUUUUUCCGCUUCCUCGUCUUCCAGUGGAUGGGCGUCGCCAUCUUCCGCUUGGUCGGGGGGCUCGUCUGCGGGCCGCCAAAGGCAGCCUCAGUGGAUUACAUUGCGGGCAUGCACCGCGACUUCGAGCUGCCCGCCGCCUACUCGGAGAGAGGCCGCGACUGCGAAACAUCCCUCGUAGAGAUGCUCGCGCAGGCACCUGGCUACGCUGGUGACAGCGGUCGAGUGCGCCCCUUCAGCAUGCCACUUGUGGCCUGGCCCGAGUCGACGAAGGCAGUCUCCACCUGCGGCGUCGUCUCCGAGGCCGACUCCAUCGUGCUGCAGGAUUGGAGGCAGAGCAUGCGGAAUCCCGAGUCGGUGGCGGCGGAGCUUCGUGAAUCGCUGGGGGUCAUCCGCCCUUAUGUGGAUCCUGAGCUGCGCUUUAAGCCGAAGUCCUACGCUGGGUUUUUGAAGCAGCUGGAGGCCCACGACAUGAUCACCUGGCGGGUCUCCAGCGAGCAGGCAUCCUUCUCUACUGGUCUUUUCUUUGUGCUGAAAUCUAACGGCAAGCUGAGGUUGGUGUUCGACACCAG